GUGCUCCGCCUCAAUUCUAGGUGUGUCGGGGGUGUCACGAGUCCAAAGUAGCUGGUGUCCAGACUCCCGUAAAGUUCUCCUAGUUUGCUUCCGGUUUGCGGAAAAACGGACACCCGAACUAAUGCGCAGACAAAUGCGAUACACCAUUGGAUGGUUUGCUGCGUCCGGACAGACGGAUGUGGGCGGUUUUGGGGUAGGCGUUGAAGAUGCCCGUAUUUACCACCGAUAUGAUCAGGGAGUAGUUCCAACUUGUGGAGUUGUGGUGCACGGUGCUAAUGAUAAUUAACGAAGAGACAUGGGCAGAAUGGCAGAUUAUACAAGAAUGUUUACUGUUUACACACAGAGAUUCCGAACGUACGUAGGUAGGUAGAAUGGAUCGAGCGAUACGUAUAUUUUCUGUCUCGGAGGGAUCGAACUCAAAUCUACUUUUCCUAGCAAGGACAGUCUCAGUAUUUCACCAACCACCAUAUCGUGCGCUGCAGAUGGAGCAUGUACGGCCGUGCUUUAGCAUCUUUUCACAUCCCGCAAUCCGGGUCGUUCGAUCUCGAUCUCGAUCUGGUUGCGGAAAUCCGGCCGUCCGUUCUCGAUUCCCCGAUCGGGAGCCUUUAGUGGUCGAGGACCGGAAGAACCCAAACCACCAGACUAGGGCUAGCUCUCUCCUGCACACACACACACAAGCACGCACAUAAGCCACCAUGCCAAAUGCCAUGCAAGGCUUCUCCGGCCUAUAAAUAGAGGGUGGCCUCUUCUCACCUUCCUUGAGCACAAGCCAGACAGCCACUCUCCAACCACCACUGGUUAGCUACCUAGCUGAUCAUCACACAUAUAUAGAACUUAACUAACAAGAGAGCUAGCCAGUAUAUGGGAAGGAGGUCGUCCUUCUUCUGCGCCAUAUUCAGCUUCUCGCGGAGGUCGAGGCGGUACGCCUACGUCGACGACGAGGAUAGCGACUGGGAGCAGCCGCCGGCGCCGGGGCUGCGCAAGGUCAGGUCCAGCGACGAGGACUCCGGGUGGUGGGUCGGCGAGAGCGACGUCGACCAGAAGGCCGCCGACUUCAUCGCCAGCUUCCGCCAGAGGAGCCUCGUCGCCUGAACCCAUCCGCCCAGCUGCCGCCGCCGCCGCCUAUAUAUGUACCUACGUGCCCAGCUAGGGCGUACGUCCAGGUUAUCGCGUACGUACAGGGAAUAAGAUUGAUCUGCCGGGAGCUGGCGCAUACGCACGUGCCUAGCCAGCUUCCCGAUGAGCUAGUAUUUAUGUAGACAUAUCAAGUGUGUUGAUAUGAUCAUAUGUUAUGUAUCUUCCGUGUGCAGUACGUGUGCGUGAGUGCUAUCUAUGUUUUGUAAGUGUUCUGUCGAAUAAUGCAGCGCAAGAGAUGACAAGGGAUUUAAUGAAAUCAUGCACGUUUCUAUA